AUAAUACUGAAAUGCGUGUAGUGUCGCCGGCAACCGCCGCUGAUUCUCAAUUCAGCUUGGAAGAUGCUCUGCUCCGGCCGGAUUUUGACGCUUCCCCACGCGUCGGCGCCGUUUGCUCUAUCUCACACCAGAUGCUUUCCUUGGAGCAACCUCACGUCCAGUCCGAGAUGGAGACUCAUCGGUGCGGACGACGACGCAUCUGUUUUUUCCGCUUCUGUUAAUUCGGAUUCAUCCGCCGGGAGAAAUUCCGUAGGAUUUUGUAUAAUUGAAGGACCGGAGACCGUGCAAGAUUUUGCGUCGAUGGAGCUGCAGGAAAUUCAGGAGAACAUCCGAAGCCGUCGGAAUAAAAUCUUCCUGCAGAUGGAGGAGGUUCGGAGGCUCAGAAUACAACAAAGAAUCAAAAGUGCUGAGCUUAGGAUAUCAAAAGAAGAACAAGAAAAUGAGCUUCCUGAAUUCCCUUCCUCUAUUCCAUUUUUGCCUCCUUUGAAUAAAUCAAACCUUAAGAGAUACUAUGCUACAUGUUUUGCACUUAUGGCUGGAAUCAUGCUUUUUGGUGGACUAAUAGCUCCCACUCUGGAGCUAAAACUCGGAUUAGGAGGGACGUCAUAUGCUGAUUUUAUUCGCAGCAUGCAUCUCCCGAUGCAAUUAAGUCAAGUCGAUCCUAUUGUGGCCUCGUUCUCCGGAGGAGCAGUUGGCAUAAUAACAGCCUUGAUGGUGGUUGAGCUGAACAAUGUCAAGCAGCAGGAGCAUAAGAAAUGCAAGUACUGUAUUGGUACAGGAUAUCUUGCUUGUGCUCGGUGUUCAAGCACCGGAUCUCUUGUUCUCAUCGAGCCAGUCUCGACUUCAAAUGCUGCCAAUUUGCCCUUGCUUCCACCUAAAACCGAGAGGUGCUCUACUUGUUCGGGUUCCGGAAAGGUUAUGUGCCCAACUUGUCUUUGCACGGGAAUGGCUAUGGCAAGCGAGCAUGAUCCACGGAUCGACCCCUUUGACUAAAAUUCAAACCUUUUGCUCGAUCGAAGAUGUGAAGGGAAGGAAAGCACUCUGCUAUUUGUAUUCUGUAUGUAUAUAUAUGUAUACUGUUCCCGGCGCAGUUUGUGGCCGGUCUCUUGGUCAUAAAUUUGUCGGCCAUUGUUAUGGCUACAAAUACAAUUGUUGUCCGUGCAAGUGCAACGGUUGUUCUGGUUAGAAAUCCUCGUUUAUUAUCGUAAUCAUUCGAUGACGACGAGUGUAGUCGCUGGAAUAAAUAUGAGUUUAAACUUCAGCCAAGAACAGUCCCAAAUCCGAAUUUGAUUUCAGUGUGUUCACUCAAUAAUUAUGGACAAAUUUGUUUGUUUUC